AUGAAGCGGAACUUAAUCCUAGUCUCAAUCCUUGUGUUCAAACUGAAUUUAGCAUUGGCACUUUCUAACGAAACAAACAUUUCAAAAAGAGCCUUGCAAAAAUCUCACGAAAAACCUCAAUGGCUGAAAUGGGCAGAGACUUUCAUGGGUAAAGCAACAGUGGAUCAAGAAGCUUACUUAGUGAAACUAUUAAAAAAAAUCACACAAGAGUACUUAAGUGAUUGUACACCUGUGAUACUAUACGAUGCUUACGCAGAACAUUAUAAUAACCUACUAUUGGAGAAGUUGUUGAGGAACUAUCCGAAAAGUUACAUGCACGGGAGGAUAACAGAUGACUAUAGCAUUACUAUCCAAAGGGCUGUAUAUGAAGACAGACCUACUUGCUUGAGCUAUAUCUUGUUUAUGAAAGACAUCAUGAAAUGCAAAAAGGUGAUUGGAGAACAACCAUACUCGAAAGUGAUUGUUGUUGCUAGAUCAUCGCAGUGGAGAGUCUCUGACUUUUUAUCACAGCCAGAGUCUCAUAGUUUUGAGGCGCCUUAUAUUUUGUAUACACACAAUAUGUAUACGGACGCAUUGGGUUCAAGUAAGCCACUAGUGCUGACAAGUUUCCAAAAUGGACGAUACACCAGGGACGUGAACCUAUUUCCGAAAAAGAUGUAUAGUGGAUUUUCUGGACACAGAUUUAUAGUUGCUAUGGCCAACCAGCCACCUUUUGUCAUAAAUAAGUAUCGUGCUAUAAUGGGUCCUUUCCAAUGGACUGUAUGGUUAGCUGUAACAGCGGUAUACAUGCUAGGUAUAUUUCCUUUGGCAUUUUCUGAAAAACAUACACUGCAGCCUUUACUAAAAAACCCAGAAGAGAUAGAAAAUAUGUUUUGGUACGUAUUUGGUACAUUCACCAACUGCUUUACGUUCAUGGGAAGCAGAUCCUGGAGCAAGGCUGAGAAAACUACGACGAAGCUUUUGGUUGGUUUCUAUUGGUUGUUCACAAUCAUAAUUACUGCUUGUUAUAGUGGUUCGAUCAUAGCUUUCGUCACCUUGCCAAUUUUUCCAUCUGUUGUGGAUACUGUUGAACAACUGAUCGGUGGAGGAUAUCAAAUUGGAACAUUGGCAACCGGGGAAUGGCCUUUCUUAUUCAAAAACUCCUCAGACCCGAGGGUCGAGCAACUUAUCGACGACUUAGACCUCGUACCUGACAUACAGAGCAAGAGACAAAUUCCGCAUAUCGCCGAAGAGUGUUUUGUACCAUUCAAUGUGGCGAUAGCAUUUCCAAGAAAUUCAGUAUAUAGUGAGAUUUUCGACUAUGGCAUAAUGAGAAUCAUCGAAUCAGGACUUUUUAAAAAGUUGAAAGGUGAUGUUGAAUGGGAAAUGAUGAGAAGUGCAACGGGAAAAUUAUUGGCAGCGAACUCAAAAAAAGGUGGUCUGAAGAUCCUGAGCUAUGAAGAUAGGGCCUUGACGCUAGAUGACACCCAGGGCAUGUUUUUGUUGCUUGGUGCAGGCUUCUUGAUGGGAGCUGCAUCGCUAAUAUCAGAAAUCGUGGGGGGUUGCUUCAACUAUUGCAAGACCAGAUUCAGGAAACGUAAAAAUAGUGAUGCCUCGAUUGCAAGUAAUCCCAGGUUUCAUGAGAGACAAAUACUGCCUCGACAAAGAACUGCAUCUGGUUUCUCCGUAGAUAAUCCAGAAAGGUCAGCGGCAUAG